AUGAUACAAGGUGAGAGAGGCACACUCAAGGAGCUCACCGACAAAUUCCUUGGUAUCCUCGGUGUCAACAACAACAAUGGUGCGCCCAACGACCAUCCAGAUGACGCUGUCAGGGCUGGACCAAUCGAACAAGCCAAGAUCCAAAAGAAUGAAAUGGAAGUAUCAGGAUACUCCACAAUGUGUAUACUUGGAUCGUUUAAUAAGGGAAAAAGUUAUAUCCUUUCAAGGAUAUUCGGCCUCAACUUUGAGAGCUCAUCGUUUAGCCAUACUGUUGGUAUAAGUGUUGUAAUGUCAAGAGGUGACAAUGAUAUGACUCAGAACAUCAUUGGUCUUGACACAAAGGGUUCCCAACAGGCCGUGGUGGGUGGUACCAAAGAAGGCCUGACCGAAGCCGGCUCAACCGAGCACUUUUUAAAAUGCCUCUCAUUCUACCUGUCCGAUGUUAUCUUGAUUGUAGUCGACCGCCUGACCACCGAGGACCAGGUAUACAUCCACCAGAUGAAGUAUAUGCUCAAGAAGGAGAAGAACACCACCAAGAGGAUAAUCGUCGUCCACAACCUUCCAAAGGUGACUACCUUGGAGCAGAUGGAUCAAGUGAUCAAGGAGGACAUUGUUGAUUGCUGCAAGGCCAAGUUGAGUGAUCCCAACCGUCCAUACUGGGCCGAAGAGGAUCAUACCAAGCACGUUGUCCUGGCACACGAUGAGAGACUGAACAAGUCACCCGCCGGCCUGCUCUACAACCAACGUACUAUCCUCAUGUUGAAGGAAUGGCUCAAGGCUGCCGCGUCCGAAACCCUCAAGCCAUUCAGACUGCUAGAGACCGUGGUGGAGUUCACCAAUCAGCAGCUGGGCCGCUACUUCCGCUACACACAGCUGCCCAAGGUCACCUACAAGGACGACACCGUCAUCAAAUGUGAGACCAACAUGAAUGUGAUCCCAGAGUAUGCCGACCUCCAGUUCAACUUGAUCGGCAUCAUGAAUGAGAACAGCUCGCAGGUCAAGGCCAGGGUGGCCUACGAUAAGAACCACUACUAUAUCAGUCUGUUCUGUCCGGGCUACGAGGCCAAGGAUCUGCAGGCCCAAGCCAAUCCGAUUCCCAACGAUCAUGGAGUCAAGGUGGUCAUCACAUCCAAAUCCAAGCUGACUGAUCUGUUGCCACCAGGUGCCGAAACACUUCAUUCGGACCUAGGCGAGGCCGACCUUGGUGCCCUCAAGUACGAAUGUGUGUUGCCAUGUCAACUGACAUCAAUGAAUCCAUCCAAGCGCCAGUACCAGAAUGGUAACCUCUUCCUAGUCUAUGAUAUCCUUCAAGAUGAGGGACCAACAUCACUCUUUGAUUAA